GGUGCUUCCUUCUUUUCGGUUUUAUCGACAGUAUCGGACAUAAUGUUGCGCGUGAAAGAAAGAGAGAGAAAGAGAAAAAAAAAAGAUGAACAGCCUUGUUUGUGAUUUCAUUAUCCGCGUCUAAGUCACGUGAUAAAAUGGUAGGUGCUGAAAAACAAAAUUUAUCUUAAGAAUCAAGUACCAUAGUUAUUGCCAGAUACUGAGGUUAAAAGAGCAUGUUUCUGGUAGACAACAAUAUUCUUUUUCUAACAUGUUGCCUUCUGCUCGUAAGUCACGUGAUAUAAUACUUAUCACGUGACUAUCAUUAUUAACCGAACUUUGUUCCAAUUUUUAUGUUCGAUUUUUAUUGAAUAAGACAACCGGGGGAGCAGCAUAAAAAGAGACAUUUCUUUUUCUUUUUGUCAACCAUGUCGUUUAUCUGUCGCCGAUCGCUUCGAUCACAUACCAACUUUGUUUGUUUGGAAACAAAGCGUCAAUGUAUGAAACCUCGUAUUUUGGCAGCUCCUACUCGAAACAAUGUUAGUCAAUUCUAUAGUACUGCUUCAGAAGCACGCGCAAAGGCUGCUGUUGGUCCUUUUACCUAUAAAGCAGCUGCUGUCUUUUUAGGUGUAGGUUCAGGUUUAUUGUUGUAUUUCAAGAGCGAAAAACAAAAAGUCGAAAAGAUGCUCAAGGAAAAAGAAGCUGAAAAGCAAAAGACACAGGCCUUUGGUAAACCCAAGUUGGGCGGUGAAUACACACUUACAGAUGCAUCUAAUGGCAAGCCAUUUGGUUCUGGGGACUUGAAAGGAAAGUUCUCUUUGAUCUACUUUGGCUUUACUCAUUGUCCUGAUAUUUGCCCUGACGAAUUAGAUAAGAUGUCUGAAGUUGUAGACGCAGUCAAAAAAGAUAUUGGGGAUAAUGUCUUAGUACCUGUCUUUAUUACCUGUGAUCCUCGACGUGAUACAAUGCCAGUUGUCAAGGAAUAUGUGAAGGAUUUCCAUAAGGAUUUAGUUGGCUUGACUGGCACUGAAGAAGAAAUCAGAAGAGUUGCAAAACUGUUUCGUGUGUAUGUCUCUUCACCUCCUGACAUUAGUGAAGGAGAUGAUUAUUUAGUUGAUCAUUCCAUCUUUUUCUAUUUGAUGGAUCCUGAAGGCAAUUUCUUGGAUUGUUAUGGUCAAAACUCAGAAGCAAGUGCUGUCACUCAAAGCUUCAAAAACUAUUACAAUUCCUUUAUUCAAAAUGGUGGCAAGAUUCAAGACAGAUAUCUCACUAUUGAAAAUGCUGUACCUGAAAAGCAACAAUAAAGAAACAAAAACAGAUUAUUUUAUUGUAAAAAAAAGAGAGAGACAUUUCGAGCCAGUCGAAAUAAGCUAAAGGGUCAUUCAGAAGAAGAGACAAGG